GUAUAUCGAGUACUCCUACUACAAGACAGGCGUGUGUUACACCAUGGACCCAACGCACUCUGAAGUGUAUCGCUCGUGCGGAGAGCCUUGGAAAUACAGCGCCACGUUCAGGCUGGCCACAGAGCUCGAAGGAGUUCCGGCCAAAGAGGCUAUCAUGUCCGCCCUCUUACACCAACAGGGACAGUUCACGGGCGGAGUCAGCAGUAGCGCCAUGUUCCGACCCGGAAAGCGCUACGUGCUAAGCGCACAACAGACGAAUGUACUUUCCCUAAAAACACCGUACGAGACUCAGUGCACUGACUAUGAAGAAAUGACGAGGCGAUUCAACUACACAAAGGACGUUAUUCAACAAGAGGUAUGUAAGCAGUAG